AUGGCGUAUGACAACAUGGCUGACCUCUACGCUGUGGUGAACACAUUGCAGUGCCUGGAGAAAGCAUACAUCAGAGAUGCAGUCACUGCUAAGGAGUACACUGCUGCCUGUUCAAAGCUCUUGGUUCAAGUUAAGGCUGCAUUCAAGCAAGUCCAGGGAGAGGAAUUUGCUACUAUUGAGUCAUUCGUCAAGAAAUUUAAAUUGUUCAUCACAAUCAUGGACAAGCUUCGCCUGUCUCAGCUUGCCAAUGAUGAAUUGCAACCAGAUUUGAAGGAGUUGGCAGAGACAAUAUCCAGGCUUUCAAUUCUUCCUGGUGAUUACAUCGGACGAAACAAGGUUCAAGAGUGGUUGAGCACUAUGAGUAAGAUGUCUGCCUCAGAUGAACUGAGUGAAACUCAAGCAAGGCAACUCUUUGGGGGCUCUGCUUACCCUAUGAUUCAUCUCACUGGAGUUGCUCCAGAUCUCCUUCAGCUGCUGGUUGAAUAUAUCUACCAGGGGAAAGUUGAUGUGCCAACUCAUCUCUUCAAUGACUUUGCCAACCUGGGUCGUAGUCUACUUGUGAGAGGACUCGUUACCCAAGUUGACCAAGAGAUUCGCUCUGAAACUGCUACUUCCUCCUGUCUCAUCUUGGAAGAUGAAGAAAGUUUGGUGAAGAAGACAAAGAAGAAGAAGAAGAGGGAAAAAAGAGAAAAAGAGGUACAAGAACCAAAUCCAGAAUUGGAAAGUGAGGAAAAAACAGACCAAUUCCAAGAGCCCACAAUUGUCCUUUCUCCUGCAACAUCCAAGAGAGAAAUUUUAAAUACAGAUGUACCGGAGGAUGAGUCAAUGUCAGUUGAAGAACUUCCUAAGAAGAAUGAUGAUCAUGAUCAAGAAUUAAAUGCUCCCUGCUCAGAAGAACAAUUGAAGAGGCGGCACCGACGUAGGAAGAGGAGCCGGAGAGGAAAAGAAGAGCCUGUUGAGCAGGAAGACCAUCCAUCCAAAGAAAAAUCUCAAAGUGACAUUGCAGAAAGGAAGGAAUGGGCAAAAUUGAAGAAGCGGAAACGUGUAAGCUGGAAUCAGUUGGUUGUGGCCUCCACACCUCGUCAGCACAUCCACUUCGAUGGCACUGAUGAUGAUGAUGGUGAGGAGAUGGAAGUUGAAAAGGAACGUGACAGUGGAGGAGAAUUUGUGAGGAAUUCUGUGCAAGGUAGAACACAUAGUGCCAUGCAAUAUGAAGAUCAGACAAUGAGCAGAAUAGAAAAUCCUAGUGCCACCCAAGAUCAGAUAGAGAGCAAGCCUGAAGUCAGGUCUCAACAUGUGGCGCUUAAGCUCCUCCCUCGCGUCAUUCGUAUUCCCAAGCCAACUGAACCUCAUAAAGGUCCAAGAGAAAUGAGCAAAGGAGCUCAGCUUAAAGAACCCCAAACAAAUGUUUCCUUCAUCUUGACAAAUGAGGAAACUGCACCCACAAAUGUCUGCACCAAAGAUGUCCCUGCUGCUGCAGAUGCUCGAGUGGAAGAUCAUCUUUCUUUUGACCAGGUCAUAAACCUUUGUAAUGGGUUUGCAACGCAAGGAGGCAUCCAGCCAGGAAUGCCAGAUUGUAAUCAGCUUGAAAUGGUAUCCCAUGCUGAGACAGGACCUGGCAAGAAAUAUGAGGAUUACCCUUUGAUGACUGGACCUCCAAAGGAGAAUGAUAUCAUUGUCUUCAAGAUGUGGAACCUUGAUGAGCAUUACUGUCCUGAGAUUACUGACUACAGGACUGCUCGUGUGAUAACUUUCAGGCCUGAGACUAGAGAGGUUCAGCUGAUGCUUCUGGGACAGAACUUCAAUCUCAAGUGGAACUCGCACACCUCUGAGGUGCUGCGUAGUUUCCAGGAUCUCCGUCUUCAUGAGACCUACACAGACGUUGUACUCUCUUGUGACGGACACUACAUCAAGGCCCAUAAACUAGUUCUUUCGGCCUGCAGCACCCAUUUUGAUAAAAUUCUCCGUAGCACUGGCACCUAUUUCCCUAUCAUCCAUUUCUUUGAGACACGUGUGGAACUUCUGCGUUUGGUGAUACAGUAUAUGUACAAUGGAGAAGUAGAUGUGCCGAGUGAACGGCUGCAUGAAUUCAUCCAGUUGGCUGAGAGCCUGCAGAUCAAAGGACUUGCUGGAACACAAUUCCUCUCUCAUCCACUGACUGCUCCGCAGGCUUAUGUAACCCAUCACCCACAUCAUCAGCAGCAUACCCCUCAUGAGGUCCAUCACCAAGCUGCAGCCUUGCCAGCUCAGGCUGCUGUGUGCUUCUUGCAUGACUUGAGUGGAUUUGCUGUUCAUAUGAUCUAUUUGAGUGAGUCACACUUGAAUGAUUAUCAGAUCCAAGAUGAAUCGGGGAUCACAAAAGGAGUGUUUGCCUUGCCUGGGAGUUCUCUGGCUCAGGAUGGACAUGAAACUGGGAAUGGCCAGGGAACACAAGGGAGACACCAGCAGUCAUCCUCAUCUGGAUCCUCGCACUCUAGCCAGAGCACUCAGGAAGGAGGACCAGCGUCUCCUCACCCAAAACAUAUGCCACCUGACAUUUCGCAACUUUAUCCACUGGAGAGGAUCAACAAUGUGAUAUGGAGAGGGAAGCUGGAGAGUGGAGGUCGUGUCUACUUCUGCUCCCUCUGUCCGUACAAGACACCAGACCGAAUGAAAGCGACCAAUCAUGGGAGAACCCACACGGGAGAACGACCCUUUCAGUGUGAGAUCUGCAAGAAAGCCUACACUCAGCAGUCAAUACUCAAGCGCCACAUCCUCAAGCUGCAUGGCAUGAAGACCCCUGCCUUCGGGCUCAAUUGGCAAGACUCUAGCUCCUGCAUGAGCUAUCUCUGGAGAGUCCUCAGUUUCAUCAGAGACUCUCAGUCAUUGAAAGGGCAUAGCAUCUCUAUUAUGACAUGGAAACCAUAUCUAAGGUUUGAGGAUGCUGACCUACGUUACUUCUUGACUGUGUGGCUUUGGGUUCCUGAGUUCUCAUCAGUGUUCAAAAGCACUGCAGUGCUUCAGCUGGGCUUCUCAGUCAGUGUUGGUUUGGCUGUGGCAGGAAUCUUCUGGUUCCUCUGGGUAUCUGCAAAUGGUUUUUCGCAUCAUCACAUCCUCCAAAAUCUCCAUCACUUUCUCACUCCUCAAAAGUCCCUCUCUGCAGUCAUCUCAGAGAUCAACACUGAGUUUCGGAGAUUUGAUAAGUUUUCUACACGUUUGAAUCACAUUCGGCGUGCAAUAGUGACAGACAGCUGGAUCAUCCAGAUAACUCAGUACACAAUGCAGAUGGCAAGUCAAGAUGAUGCCCUUCUAACCUUGGACAAGAGUGAAGAAUUCGACCUGACUCGAGAUGAACCAUCAGGGGCCCAGUUCCUUUCCCUCACAGUCCGCAGUGGGCGGCAUGGUGUCAAGGCCUUUGUCAUCAGGCAUACUAUUUAUAAUGAAUUCUACUUUAAUAGGGUGAGAUCAACAGAGUAUGCAGAUUUAAGGGGAAAGCUGCGGAGAUCUCCUCUGAAUGUACGCAAUGUUGUGAUUCGACAGACAUUGAGUGAUCGCUUUGUCACAGCUUUUGAAUCCCAAGUUCGGUUGAAUCCACCUGUCCAUUAUGAAGGAGAACGAGAGAACUGCAUAGGUUGUAUGCAAGUGCAGGCAGACACAAUGUUGGUCCGCCGAUGCAUAGAGGAUGGGGUUGGAGAUGCAGAGAGAGAGGGGCGAGGGCCACCCUGCAUGCGAUGCUUCUGUCGACCCAUGUGGUGCCUAUCUUGCAUGGGGAAGUGGUUUGCAUCUCGACAAGACAAACAUCGUCCAGAGACGUGGCUCGCAUCCAAAGCCCCUUGUCCAACAUGCCGGGCCACAUUCUGCAUCCUUGAUGUAUCUCUCAUACGGUGACUUAGACUGUGAUUCCUUAAAAGCCUUCUUUCAUCUCUGUCCAAUGGUGCAUUCAGACAAAAAUUUCUUGACAUAACAUCAUAUUUGAAUUGUAGCUAUGUACACUAUCCAUGAUGGUAUGAUAAGUGAUGAACAAUAAGGUUCAACUCUAAGUCUGUAAAUGGCAUUCUGAGAAUAAUGUGACAUCAGCUUAUUAUUGUUCUCUCAGCGCACACACCUACGCAUAUCACAGUUUCUCCCUAUAGGGGACCCUGCUGAUAAACUUGCAAAGUUGUAGCCAAAAGAGGUGCAUUCCAUUGUCUUAGUACUGGUUCUGUGCGUAAGAUUCUUGAAUUUUAUAAUUAUGCAGCUUUCAAUGCUGUCCCUGUCAUUAAAGCUGAAGUUAUGAGAACAUUUUUGCAAAGUAGCAUUGUGCAUUAGUGGAGACUGUAGUUUUAUAGUGGCUUUUGUUAUUUGGUGUGUGUAGCACCUGUUACUGUACGUAGAAGUCUUUCAGUAAAGUAUAGCCACUGAAUUCUCUCCACCAGGGGGGGUUGUUAGAUAUGUGAAUGAAUACUCAACAAAAAACAAUCUUCCCACUGGUUAGGGCACAUAAAUUGUUGCUGAGCCUGUUUUUCUUUGAUUUUGAUGAGUAUAAGAUAUCUUGAAAUGUAUCAUGAGAUGUCUCCUUCUCAAAUGAAUUGAUGCAUAUGCACUAGUCCCAACAUAUGCCAGGCUCCAAUAUGUAACUACAGGAUUC